CAAACCAACAGCCACCUCUCCUGAAAUCGAUCACCAAAGAAAAGAUCCCCAAAUUACACUCCCAUGGCGAUCGGCGGCGGCGGCGGGAGCUGGAGCAUCCACGGCCGCCCCGACGUCACCUCCCGCUACGAGGUCCUCGGCCGCGCCGGCUCCGGCGCCUACGCCGACGUCUACCGCGGCCGCCGCCGCUCCGACGGCGCCCCCGUCGCGCUCAAGGAGGUCCACGACGCCCUCAGCGCCCGCCGCGAGGCCGACGCCCUCCUCGCCGCCGCGCCCUCCCGCCACGUCGUCGCGCUCCUCGACCACUUCCCCGGGGGCGACCACGACGACGACGUCCUCGUCCUCGAGUGGCUCCCCCUCGACCUCGCCGCCGUCGUCCGCGCCGGGAGGGGCGGCGGCGGCAUCCCCGCCGCGCAGCUCAAGCGUUGGAUGCUGCAGGUGCUCGAGGGCGUCGCCGCGUGCCACCGCGCGGGCGUCGUGCACCGCGACCUCAAGCCCGGCAACCUGCUCAUCUCCGAGGAUGGGGUGCUCAAGGUCGCGGACCUUGGUCAGGCCAGAAUACUACAGGAGACAGGAACAUACCAAGGUAUGCAUCCAUAUGAGCAAAGUUCAGGAGUGGAGCCUUGGGUUUCACAACAACGAGCAGUGCUACACGGAGCAAAAGAGGAACACCCAUCUCAUGAAGCAGAAAUCCAAACUGGCCAGGAGCCAGAGAGACUCACUGCAUCUGAUUACUUACAUGAGAUGGAUCAACUCCGUGCCAAAUCCACGCAUGGAGAUGUUGACAAAAUGAGCUUGCAGGAUGGGAAUACUUCCUGUCUUGCCACAUGCAGCACAGCAGACAUUGAUGACGAUCCAUUUAGAGCCUCCUAUUCAUAUGACGCUGAAGACGGUAUGUUGGAACAAGAGUCCGGUGCUUUCACUUCUUGUGUUGGCACACGUUGGUUUAGAGCUCCGGAGCUCCUAUAUGGGUCAACAAACUAUGGGCAGGAGAUUGACCUCUGGUCACUAGGAUGUAUUUUGGCUGAGCUGUUUAGUUCAGAGCCUAUGUUCCCAGGCACAUCUGAUAUCGAUCAGAUUGGUAGAAUCAUCAGUGUUCUGGGCAAUAUCACAGAAGAAACCUUUCCAGGCUGUUCAAAUUUGCCAGAUUACAACAAGAUUUUCUUCAACAAGGUUGAGAAGCCAACGGGCCUUGAAGCUUGCCUGCCUGAUAGAUCUGCUUCUGAAGUUAGUAUCAUAAAGAGACUGCUUUGCUACGACCCAACUAAGAGAGCCAGUGCUGCUGAAUUGCUGAAUCAUCCAUACUUCGCUGAAGAACCGUUACCUUCACCUAUAGAAGGAUUACAAGUACCAGCAUCAAAGGACGAAGAUGAUGACAGCACAGAAGAAUGGGGUAAUUUCAAUGGUGGAGAUUCAGAUUCAGACUUCGAUGAAUUUGGCAGCAUGGAUGUCACCAAGACUGACAAGGGUUUCAGUAUACGCUUCUCGUGAUCAAGAAUAGUUGAUGGUGGUAAUUGUAUCUUCCUAUCCAUGCUGGCAGACGAAUAUCUGUCGCAGCAUAUUGUACGGCACUUUGAUACUCUCUUUACUAUUCGAAACUACAAUAUGUUCAUUAUGUUCUGUACAAUAGCACCAGCUUUCCUGGUAAUACAUGAAUAAAUUGCAUUCUGCACCACUUAAUUGUAAU